GUGUUUUGUCAGGUUCUGUGCACCGUGCUUUUGCCUGCGCCCAUCAAUCAAACGUUCACAACUUGAUUCCAACUUCCAACCCAGGUCCUGAACAACUUGAAACAGAGCAUUGGUACCGUCAUUUCGCCUCAGGUCAUCAAUCUCGUUUGAUCCGCCGCCACAACCUCCUCUAACAUUCUCCCCGCCCCGAUCUGCGUUGGACCUGACAGAGCUGCGGUCAUCUUACUAUCUGCUCUGCCCACCUUCGACUUUACGCGAGAACUCGAUGAUACUAUUAGUCGGGCCAUUUCCUUGCAGUGAUCUCUCUGAGCGUCGUCUGAAGAGACUCACCCUAUUCGAGCCAUAUCCAACGAUACAGACCGGAUACUGAAUCGAGCAACUCCCGAACAAAGCCUUGUGGCUGCAAAGCCCCAAGGCCCAAGGGGUUUGACGUUGGCUUGCCGUCCGUGCGUCUCAUACUGGCGUGUUGGUCCUUGAAUUCCUGCCGCAAACGUGACACUCGAUCUGGUCUCCGAUCAAACAACCGAAGAGUCUGAACGGUGACCGAUUCGAAUCGUCCACUGCGGUCACGAAAAUGGCCACGACAGCAUCACAACAGUCGCCGUCGCUGGUGCGCAGUCACUCGACCUCCCGCAACCCUCCUUCUUCGUACGCUGCCACCUCGCCCUCCCAGCCUACAAGGACGCGUUCCACAAACACCAGACCCUCAAAUCAUGUCCGCUCGGGAUCCAGAACCCACGAAAAUCCUCCUCAAUCCAAUCCCACGGCUCUUGCGAAUGUCGCUCGCAGAGAUUUCGAACAAUCAAAUGUUGCUCGCACCACUUCCUCUCGUCGGAGCACCUCUCGAGAUGGGAGAGGGGAACAUCAUUCAGAGGCAUCUGCCCAUGGGCGUUCUUCCUCCCGACCUGGAUCUCGACGGAAUAGCCAGGAUCUAACUGCACCUACGACAGUAGUUGCCAACGGAACAACCUCACAACCCCCGCCUAGUACCACCUCAAGAACCGAGACGCACGCCUCGCAGACCUAUCCCACAAUCGGUCGAAGAAGAACAUCGAUAACAUGUCAGACCGGGACUUGGUCACUGGGGAAGACAAUUGGCCAGGGUAGCAUGGGAAAGGUCAAGCUGGCCAGGAACAUUGAUAGUGGAGAGCAGGCAGCUAUCAAAAUCGUCCCGCGACAGGCGGCCGACGAGCAAGGAAAUCCGAAAGAUGAGCGCGCGGAUCGGUCGAAAGAAAUCCGAACAGCAAGAGAGGCAGCUAUGGUGUCAUUGUUGUCUCACCCAUACAUUUGUGGAAUGAUCGAUGUCCAGAGGACCAACUAUCACUGGUACAUGCUUUUUGAGUAUGUGAAUGGUGGGCAGAUGCUUGAUUACAUUAUCGCUCAUGGCAGGCUCAAAGAGAAACAAGCACGGAAGUUCGCUCGACAGAUUGCAAGCGCCCUGGACUACUGCCAUCGAAACAGCAUCGUUCAUCGGGAUCUCAAGAUCGAGAAUAUUCUUAUCAGCAAGACCGGGGACAUCAAGAUCAUCGACUUCGGCCUUUCCAACCUUUAUUCCCCUCGGUCGCUUCUGAAAACAUUCUGCGGGAGUCUGUAUUUCGCGGCACCGGAACUGUUGCAAGCACGUCAGUACACUGGCCCCGAGGUUGAUGUAUGGAGUUUCGGGAUUGUUCUUUAUGUUCUUGUCUGUGGCAAGGUCCCAUUUGACGACCAAAGCAUGCCUCAAUUGCACGCAAAGAUCAAAAGAGGUAUCGUCGACUACCCUCAAUGGCUAACAGCUGAGUGUAAGAAUAUCAUUUCGCGCAUGCUCGUGGUGGAUCCGCGAGAUCGAGCCAGUCUUCAGGAAAUUAUGAACCAUCCAUGGAUGACGAAAGGCUUCAACGGCCCACCGGACAAUUAUCUCCCACACAGGGAGCCCCUUCAAUUACCGCUCGACCCAGAGGUCAUUGACAAAAUGCAGGGUUUUGAUUUUGGCUCUUCGGCCUACAUUACCGAACAGCUCACUCGGAUCAUCGAGUCGGAGGAUUAUCAGAAUGCUAUUCGCAGAAGUGCCAAGGAAGACUACAGCCAUGCCUCGAGCAGUGGAGAGAAGAAGCGUGGAGUCUUCGACUUUUACAAACGACGAAAUUCAAUUAGUCGGGAAGGUCUCUCGGCACCGUCUUCAGAAGCCAUCAGAGGUCUUGAUCCCAUCAACGCUUACAGCCCACUGGUCUCCAUAUAUUACCUCGCACGUGAAAAACGGGACCGAGAACGACAGCAACAGAAUCCCGGUGCGCUGGCCAUGCCCAUGACGGAAAAGGAGACGCCUCUCAAACUCCCCGGGCUGCCUACACCGGAAGCUGCUCAUACAAACACGUUCGCCCCAGAAAUGCCGGGAGAGAAGGCCACUGGGGGCCGGGCAAGACCGCGUGCUCGAACAAAUGGCGAAGACGAUGUACCGCAUGGUGCGAAGUCAUUGGAAGCUGCCGAGAGAAAGCCUCCUCCAAGUGCGAUCCCAUCGAAUGCAAUUCCUCAACCUGAUCAGCCUGCGAAGCGCGAGGGUACUGCCUUGGGUCUUUUGCGAAGGUUUAGUACUAGACGCUACCGAGAUCGAGAUCUGGAACGGCCGCAGCCUCCCCCGGCUCUGAACAUUCAACCUCCGGCUGAUUCAGUAACUCCUCCGCGCAAGUCCUUCUCUGUUCGACGCUCACGGAGAAGAGACCCAAGCCCAACAACCCAUCACCAGGGAGGGAGUCAGCCACAGCAUGAGGGUCUUCUGAGCGCCAGUGGCGGGUUAUCUAGAGCCGGGAAAUUCCUGGGCCGAUCAACCAGCGUCAACUCGGCGGAGUAUCGCCCACGACGCGUUCUGCACAGAGGAACGUCGGGCAACGAGUCUCCAAUGCUCGCGCCUGAGCCUCCGCCUACUAGCGGCUCCGACCAAUCGAGUGUCAACGCCGGUCGAGGUGGCAAGGGUGUGGAACUUACAGACAAGCCCGCUCCCAACGCCAGCCCUCUGACGACACCACGCACUCCUACUACUACACGUACGAAGUCUUUGGGCCACGCACGGCAGGAGAGCAUUCAGGCCCGCCGCCGCCGCCAUGAAGAGCGUCGAGCAGAGGCUAAUGUCCCUGAGGAGACGGAUGCUGAAAUGCGAGAUGGGGUGGAUGCACUUGACACACCGGCCAUCCCUGAUACUCCGGGGACCGAAAUUUCCAAACCAGCCAGUCUCAAGGGGUUAUUCUCGACUUCCACUACCAGCAGUAAGCCGCCUGAAUUCAUCAGACACGACAUUAUUCGUGUCUUGAAUCAACUUGGAGUGCAAUAUACCGUGAUCAAGGGGGGCUUUUCUUGCAGACACGCGCCUAGCAUUAACCUCGAAGGGGUCAAGGAGCCCGUAGCCGGACUUGACGAAGACAGAAGUGGACGCGUGACAAGCGGCCACCAACGGCGGAUUUCAUUUGGCGGCGCUUUCCGGGGUAAAGAGAGAGAAGAUAUCAGAGACGACCGUUUAAGCCGACAUCAUACGAGAAGGAGACAACCAGACCAGAGUUUCGUGACCAACUCCGAAGGGUCGGAUGAGUACUUGCAACAGAAUCGCGGAUCCGAAACUCACGAUGGAGCCGCGACACGAACUCGAGUACAAGAGGACAACGGUGAGCGAUUGGUGCUCAAAUUUGAGAUUGCAAUUGUGAAGAUCCCUCUUCUUUCGCUUCAUGGAAUUCAGUUCAAGAAGGUGCAAGGGGGAAUGAACCAGUACCGAUCAAUGACCUCGGCCAUUCUCAACGCAUUGAGAUUGUGAUGCAAUGGGCAGCUGGACGGAUUUGAAUUGUUACGGCUUAGCGAAACGCAAAUGAAGCAUGCAGAGCGCAGUAUUUACGGGCAACGCAGGUUGACAGUGGAUUCUACUGUGAAUUGUAGCGGGAGUGAGGUAGAGGCCGCUGAGCAGUGACUCGUCAACUUUGAUGAACGACAUGCCAAACGAACGCAGGUACCACAUAUUAGUCACGAAGGCAGGGAAAUGCAGUGCUUUUCCCAGGCUCGCCGCAAUAAUGACGGAUUCUGAUCGUGAUGAAGUGUCGUGACGAGUAGGUUUCAGUAUUAUGGCGCGCAGAGGCCUCCUCUUUUUGGACACUCCAGAGGCAGAGCUUCAACCAUCAUUCGUU